AAACAGUUGAGCUGUACAGAGCAGACCUACAACAUCCGGGCAAUACUCAGCUUGCGCAGAAACGGAAUGGCGGAGGUGGGCGACAAGCCCCUGAAGAUAAUAAGCGUGGAGGUCGUGGCCUAGUGGAGAGUGGACCAGGUACAGUGAUGAAGGCCCUCAGCAGGAGAAGCAGAAACCCUAACUGGCCUUAGAGAAGUCGGAGAACUUUCGCCCCAUGAAGAUGGCAGCGCAGUCCCACACUGCCAGUGAGCUUCCUUUGGAGGAGCUGCUGGCUCUGUACGGCUACACAGUGUCAGAUCCAGAGAAGGAGACCUGUCACAUGGCUGCCAGCCUGCCAGGCAUGACACUGGACAAGGAUCAGAUAACUGAGGAUCUCUUUCCUGGGGAGGAGGAAGAAGAAUCAUCAGCAGAUGAUCUCACCCCCUCAGUCACCUCAAACACCUCAGAUCUGCUCCGCCGCCUCCAAGGUGGAGACAAAGACACAUUAGUCAGCUCAUCCGAUGAGGACUCUGACGAUGCCUCUAUUCCCUCCAAUGAAGAGCACAAGGAGAUCAUGGUUGGCUCUAAGUAUCAGGCAAAAAUCCCUCCACUCAGUUCAUAUACCUACCAGGAGAGAGCCUGCAUCAGUGAGGACCAGCUGCUGUGGAGGCCAGGUGUUCUGCCUGUGCAGGAAGUAGAAGAGUUCUUGCUGAAUGCACAGAGAACCUACGGUCAGGAGGGGGCGGCAUACACACAAACACACGGGGACACUGUCCGAGACAACCAACAGGCACUGUAUGAACUAGUGAAAUGCAACUUUAAUGCAGAAGAGGCACUGAGACGAUUGCGCUUCAAUGUGAAAGUGUUCAGUGAAGAGCUUUGUGCCUGGAGUGAGGAGGAGUGCAGGAGCUUCGAGCACGGCUAUCGGGUUUACGGGAAAAACUUCCACCUCAUUCAGGCUAAUAAGGUACGAACGCGCUCUGUCGGGGAGUGUGUGGAGUAUUACUACAUGUGGAAGAAGUCUGACCGCCAUGAGUACUUUACCCAGCAGGCCACCAGGCUGAGCCGCAAGAAGUACAGUCUGCAGUCAGGGAGCAUAGAGGAUGGAGACCAGGAGGGGGAGGUUGCAGAGCUGGGAAGGGAAGAGAGAAGCAAUAAUUCCUCAGGCUUGUUGUCUAACAGCUCCAUGGGCACUGGACAGCUGCAGUCCCCAUUACCUCCCCAGUCGAGCCUGGACCUGGACAAACAAGGAGGAGGGCCGUCCCCGCCGCAGACGAACUCCCCGCUUUCUCUUAAAGCCAUGAACUCGGUCCAGACAGGCCACAGAAAGCAGGCUGGGCCUGCAGGUAAACAAGAUGGUGAGCUGGUGAUGGGGCUGUCAGACCUGUGCGGUGACGGAUGUCCUCAGCAGCUGUUUGGCUGUCCCUUCUCUCUCCCGCCCAUGGACGACCUGCGGGAUGCUGGCUCAGGCAGUUGUUGUCCCUCAGCUCUAGUCCAGCUCCAGUCCCAGCCCUCCCCUCAGAGCUCCCAGUGGGCCGGCAGCAGCCCUCCAUCCUGCCACGACGACCAUCGCCUCCAAGGCUCCUGUUUUUACCAGCUCCACAUGUGCGGUGGACCUUUUGUCUCCGAGGGCCCUGACUGUGUUGCGGCAGGCGGCGGGACUGGCUCCCCCCACGGGCUGCAGGUGGAAUUCAGCCUGCCGUCUGCCUCGCCUCCCUCGUCCUCUGUCCUCCCAUCACACUUCCAAACUUUCAGCAGCCUGCUGCACCCCUCUCCCGUCCAGCAUCCCCGCUCUCUCACACAGUGAAGGGACAAGGGGAAAUCAAAACUGAGUGGUACUCUUCACGGUUUGGCCUGUGUCGAGGUCUUUGAUCGGUGUUGGUAUUUACACCGGGCUCGAUGAAACCAGGAAAUAAAGUGCAUUUACUUAACUUUGUGAAAAAAUGGACCUACUGCCUGUGUUGGUCGGUUACUCGUCUGUCUGAACCCCUUUUUAUAUCGAGACACUUGAUCCUGACAUGCCCAUUGUGGAAUGACGAGUGUUAAUCACGACUUUCAGGUGUUGAUUAUGUGUUUAUUAACCUUUUAUUACCACAACCUGCACCAGGACUGUGAUUGGCUAUGAUUAAUACUUGUGAAAGCACAGUGCAGGUGACGGAAACUGCAACGACCCUGCAAACAAACCAGAAGCAAGUGUCUAGCAGUCCUUUUCUUUUAAAAAAACAGAUCAAUGAUUGACAAUGUUAACCACUGUUUCUUUGUUUUCUUAUUUAUCAGGAUGGAAAAGUUUAACUGCAGUGAGAGCCAGCAGUAACAUGAUUUUUAGGUAUGUUCUGCAUAUUGUUAGAACUUUUGCUGCUGCAGCCGUUUCAGAUCUGUUUCUGGUGAGUGCCAGGGUGACAUGGUCGCUGGAAGUCUGACCACAGAGUAAAAUCUGUCCCUUCAAUCUCAGAUUCUUUUAUGUAAACAUUAAUUCUCAAUUAAGUCUGUAAUUGGCACUCCCUUUUUGGCUCCUCGUGUCGGUUUUGUUUGCACUUCCAGCCUCCUCCUGUCUGAAAACAUUUGGCGGAAGAGUCAAUCUCACUCAAGAAUUUUGUUUAAAUAUGAAGAGCUGAAAUUAAAUGACAUUUUCUGAGGUUGAGAUUUGGACAUGUUUGGAGAAAAAGGAGCUCAAUUCUUUUUUUGCAGGUUUUAUUUUUUGUUUUGCUUUUGUGGAAAUUUUCAUCCUUGUUCUGUUUUUGAAGAUUUGCAUAGAGAUUUAUAAAGGUGCAGUGCUUUGUCAUCAUUUCUGAUCACCGUUUCUAUCAUGUUGAAUAUUUAUUACCAUCAAGAGCCUGUUUGACCUGCAGAAUAGGUAAAAAAAAAUAAAAUUUGUAUAUGUAAAAUGUACAUGCGGACGUUGGUAAGUCACUGAAUGCAUCACACUUUCUCAGGUUCUGCAACUUUGAUGAUUUACGAGACCAUUAAUCAGUGAGAGUCAGUCACUGUCACUGAACAGGUGUGAUACAAACAGAUCAGACAGGACUGUAAAAAAAAGUAAAGACACAUCUUGCUGCUGUAACAGUAAAACACUUGUAAUGAUGGAUGUUGGGGUCCAAAGAUCAUCCUAGUAUGGUAUUUAACAGCUCUGGCAUCUUUUGCUUGCCUUUUAAAUCCAAGGAACAUUGCGUCUGAACAAGUGUGAACAGAGUGUCAGAGGGGUUCCAAGGCAAGAGAAUGAAGGUGCUGAGUCACUGCCUUUUAUUAAUUCUUUACUUGUAUUUUAUAGCAGUUUAUAUAUUGCUUCUGUUAAAUUUGUUUAUAAUUAUAUUUUGAGAAAAAACAACAACAAAAAAGAGUGAAAUAUUAAAAUGAAUUACCAUUGUAUUCAUUAUUUUACAAAAAUGAUCUAAUACCUGCACUUUUUUUUAAUGCGAUCACCAGUGUCAUAUAAACAGGGAGACUAUUGAGAGUCAUUAUAUGUUUUAAAGUUUCUUUACAAAUAAGUUGUAAUUUUUUUGCAAUUAAUCUAAAGGUAAAACUGUGGAUCCAGAAAAGAUGUCUGUGCCUUAGUUGGCCAGUAGUAAUACCAAAAUACUGACCCGAAAAUUUAUAAUUUUCUCACAGAAAAAAAGGCAUUGAUGUUGGCAAAGGACACCA